GCUUCGUUACGUUUACAUUCUGUUCUCGACUCGGGCAUCGCGUUCAUCGCGGGGAGCCAUUACUCCUCGUCCACGCUAAGGCAUUGUGCCAUAUUCCCGCUUGCGACCAGCAGCCUACCGUCGCUCUGCUAGUUUUAAGUGAAAUAUUAUGAGAGUGAAGACCGAAAUGGACGACGACGAAAAGGGAAAACUGUUUGUCGGUGGCUUGUCCUGGGAGACGACACAGGAAAACCUUCAACGUUACUUCGGCCGGUAUGGCGAAGUCAUAGAUUGCGUGGUUAUGAAGAACAGCGAAUCCGGCCGAAGCCGUGGCUUUGGAUUCGUUACGUUCAGCGACCCCAGCAAUGUUUCGCUGGUCCUUCAAAACGGACCUCAUCAACUUGAUGGACGCACGAUUGACCCAAAACCGUGCAACCCACGUACUCUCCAGAAGCCAAAACGCAGCGGGGGAUUUCCUAAAGUUUUCUUGGGUGGGCUGCCGAGUAAUGUCACCGAAACGGAUCUGAGAUCUUUCUUCAAUCGUUUUGGCAAAGUAAUGGAGGUUGUUAUCAUGUAUGACCAGGAGAAGAAGAAAUCCAGAGGAUUCGGAUUUCUCAGCUUUGAGGACGAAGAUGCAGUGGACCGAUGUGUCAGCGAGCAUUUCGUCAACUUGAAUGGAAAACAGGUUGAAAUAAAACGGGCGGAGCCGCGGGACUCGUCCAACAAGAUGAACGACAGCCACCAGGGCCAGUGGGGCCCACCUCAGCAGGGGGGCCCGCCGAUGGGCAUGGCGGGGAACAUGGGCCCGAUGGGCGGACCCAACGGCCAGAUGGGAGGGCCCAUGAUGGGCGGCCCGAUGGGACCUCCCGGCAACAUGAUGCAGCAGUACCAGGGCUGGGGCACCAGCCCCCAGACCGGGGGAUACGCCGGGUACGGGACCCAGUACAACACCCAGGGAUGGGGCGCCCCGCCAGGGCCGCCGCAGCAGCAGCAGAUUCCACCCCCGCCGCCCCACCAGUGGGGCAGCAGCUACAACGUGCAGCCCGCUGCGGCCACGCAGGGCUACGGGGGAGCCUACGGUGGGCCGGCGGCGGCCGCUUCAGGGGGCUACGGGCCCACGGCGGGUACUGGCGGGGCUGCGGGGGGCGGGCCCGGGGGUGCCUGGAACUCCUGGAACAUGCCUCAGAAUGGGCCUCCUCCUGGGACCCAGCCCCCACCCCAGCCCCCUCAGCCCAACUCCUCGCAGCCCAACUCUAACUCGAACCCCUCUGGCCCGCAGGGUGACAUGUACUCGAGGCAAACCACCGGCUCCGGGGCACCGGGGUCGAGCAGCAGUUCCGGAAAGACCCAGGACUACAGCUACUCGGGUUACGCAAGUUACGCCGACACGCCGUAUCCGCAGCGCUCCUACCAGGCCGGGGAGAGCAACCAAGGCUCCGGAUACGGAUCAUCGACCCUCGCGAGCGUUCCCGCCGCCCCAGGAACCAACGACAGCUACAGCAGCGGAGGGCCCCAAAGGGGUUACGCGGGAUCCGGCGUCAACAAUUACCAUCCCUAUCGUCGCUAAGGAUUAACGAGGUCUCUCUUUCCCUCUUGGCCCCGUGCGUAAGCGGGUUGCGCCCAUAGUCGAGGUGAUAAGUACAUGCCUCGGGCUCGCUUCCUGCCGACCUUGAGAAACCUGAGCGAAAAGGAUUGAGAAAAAAAAAAAGAAAAAGAAUCAGAUACGAGGAACCCAUGAAUACGUGCCGAGUGCAGUAAGUGUGCGUGCAAGUGUGCAAGUGCGAAUCGCGGGUCCAGAAUGAGUGCGUGAGGCUGGCAGAGGGAGCGAGUGUAGGGGUGAAAAAGCGAGAUUAUCUGCCAUUGAGAGGGCCGACAGACGAAUCUGUAACGAGCGUAUUCGAUUAUCGUCGUUAUUGUCCCUUUUUUCAGUUUCUUUACUCGAGAGCUUACGAACGCAAGGAAAUCUGCGGGAGAGCUCGACGCGUGCACGGUUGUCGGCCGGGAUUUACUGUCUCUAUGAGCUGGAAUAACGCCGGUCGAGGGUUCCGUGUAUCGAGAUCUUUUUAACGAGUUGGAGGUAUCUCGAUCCUCGGGGAAUAUGAAUUUGGGAGACGCACGGCGGGUGUAAAGCUUGCGGAGACGCGAGUGCGCGCGAAUCCAAGAUGGCGGCGGCCGGACGCGAGCCGCGCUUCGCCGGCGAAACCGCAUCUCGGCAGUUUGUCGGCUUUUUUCUUAAACGUUUGUGAUCUCCCUUGGGAAGAAAAGGGAAAGGGUGCUUCAUUUACGCGGAGCGACGGUUUCGAGGGUGGACGGUAAUCGAUGGGAAACGGAGUUGACUCGCCCAGGCGGUAAAAGAAACAUGGCGGCGUACCGUAUUGCGAGGUUCGAGAAGGGUUUUUGUUUUUGCGCUGGCCGUACGUGAUCCAGGAAAAAAGGUUGGAGGUUCCUUCUUGCGUGGUUUUCGAUAGGAAGGGUGCUGCAAUUUUGUGGAGGGUUAACGUUGAGUGGUUUCACGGGAGGAACCAUUAUUUUGCAGAGCCUCGAUUCCCGGCUUGACGCCCCGGAUUCCAAAAUGGCGGCCGACUCUUGUAUCAGGCGCGGUGCGUGUUCGCACGUACCUUGUAAAAUCGCCGUACAUAUAUACGUGCUGAGUAAUCCUAGACUACUCCUUGCUUAUUUCACGAGGGAGACUUCGCAUUUUACCUCGUCCAGCCGCCUCCUUUUACUUUGUUUUCCAGGCCUCUCCUCGCGUCCUCGCACCCUCUUAAGUUUCUCCCCGUUAAAAAAGAAAAGAACGUUAACUUAGGGACUCCUUUUUUGUGACUCGUCGCGGUAGAAACCCCGAGUACUCGAAACACCUCAUCUAACGUCGGAGGAUAAUUGACGUGUAUGAGAAACGAUCGAACGAUUAAUUUAAGUGAUUAUAUCUAUCCGACUAGACGAAGUCUGAACUUUCGAGACAACCGGAGGGCCAGCGGAAAUGAAUUCCGGCAGAUUGGAAAUUACUACGAGAACCGAGAACACCGCCUUAAAACAUAAGUCCAACACUUGCGGCGCGUCAUGGAGACUCUCUUCUGUUGAGGGUCCUGUACAAAGCUUAGGUUUCGGUACGGCAGAUUAUUAUACUGGAUGCUACUUAAGCGCUAACACGUCCAUUAGAGUUAAGUCAGGAGUUCGGCUAAGAAGCUGUGGACAUAGGAGGGGUUUGGCUUUUUUCCCUUUCAGGACGAUAAUUGCGACAACUAUCGGUACUCGGGGAGGUUAAGGACUCGAAUCGAAUUUUUAUAAACCGAGAAAAAAAGUAAAGGGUUUGCUGGAUAAUUAGUCUUAUCGAAACCACCAAAUUUUCACCAGUGGCCAUAUUCGGAUGCUUAGCGCUGUCAGUAUUUAAACGAAGUGGGAAAAUAAAAGAGAUUAACGAGGCUCACAUUAGAACGAGUGGCCCCGAGAUCGUCUUCCUUGAGAGUCGAUUUCUAAUCCUUUUGUUUUUCAAUUUUUGCCGUAGGAAGUUUAUUUCCUAGACGCCCCGUACAUUUUUCUGGGUGGAUGACGCGAGGCUCUUGGAGCUAAGGUGAAACGCCUUGCAUGUCGCAGGACGCAGUAAAUCGAAGGAAAAACGCUGCUAGCGAAAGUACCGAGGACAAAAAUUGAAUUUGCCAUAUAUCGGCACUGGAUUUUGGCUUAUUUCGAAGUUUUUUUUACCUAUUUGAAAGAGGACUGUCGGUCGCGUCGGGGUCCGAGAUCACGAAACCAAGAUGGCCGCCUUGGCGAACAUCCAACUCGCGGAAAAAUUUCCAGAAAAUUCUAACAGAGUAUUUUCGUUACUCGGUGCUGCUUAUCUUUCUUUUCGAGGUUUCUUCAGUUUUUAUUCUUCCCUUUCUGAUUGUCCCGAGUAAGUUUCGCUGUAAAUUUGGUGCCUUCCAAAUUUAGAGAUAGAAUCGACAUAGGCAAAUAACGAAACUCGCAGAGAUGUAACGUCCAAGAAAAGGGAAGAACAGUGACGCAUUCGUGCGAGCACCAAGACGAGUCAAGCAAGAAUAUCGUACCGGAAAUGUAAGAUAAAAAGAAAGUACACUGUUCUUUGGCUAACGGCUAAGAGCGAACAAUAGGCGCGAGUGGACCCAAGCUAGUAUAAAUUUAGAUUUACA